AUGGCUGUCGAAGAAUACCUCACCAAGUGGUACGUGGUCCUCGCGUUGGGGAUCGUGGCCUACUAUGUGUUCGAUAAGAUCCACACCAAGCGCCUCGAAAAGAAGCUCGGCGCCGUCGCCCCUCAGGUCCACUACAAGGACCACUUCCUUGGUUUCCAGGAAGCGUUCACCCUUUUGAAGAAGAAGAACAGCGGCUGGAUGGUCGACUACCUCUUCGGUCUUUUGAGCAGCGAAGCCUUCCGGGGCUACGACUCGGGUAAGUUCACCAUUGCUGGUCUUGAGCUUGUCGUCACCCGUGACCCGGAAAACAUGAAGGCGGUGUUGGGCACCCAGUUCAACGACUUCUCCCUCGGCAUUCGCCACUCGCAAUUCUACCCUCUCCUCGGUGACGGGAUUUUCUCCUUGGACGGGUCGGGGUGGAAGCACUCGCGGGCGAUGUUGAGACCCCAAUUCGCUAGAGAACAGGUGGCCCACGUCAAGGCCCUUGAACCCCAUGUGCAGGUGUUGGCUAAGCACAUCCGCAACGCCAAGGGUAAGGAAUUCGACUUGCAAGAAUUGUUCUUCAGAUUUACCGUCGACUCCGCCACCGAGUUCUUGUUCGGGGAAUCGGUGGAAUCGUUGCGUGAUGAACUGGUCGGCUACGUCAACCACAAGCUGGAAGUUGACGGCAAGGACGAAUUUCCCGAAGCGUUCAACUCGGCGCAGUUGUCGUUGCUGGACCGUGUGUUGUUUAUGGACUUCUACUGGUUGGUUAACACCCCUACUUUCAAGAAGAACGUGAAGAAGGUCCACAGAUUCGCCGACUACUACGUCAACAAGGCGUUGAAGAUGACCCCUGAAGAAUUGGAAAAGAGCAACGGCUACAUCUUCCUCUACGAAUUGGUGAAGCAGACCCGUGACCCCAAGGUGUUGCGUGAUCAAUUGCUCAACAUUAUGGUUGCCGGUCGUGACACUACUGCUGGUCUUUUGUCGUUUAUCUUCUUUGAACUCUCGAAACACCCCGAGGUCUACGCCAAGUUGAGAGAAGAAAUCUCGAUGAACUUUGGUCUCGGCGAAGAAGCGAGACUCGAAGACAUCUCGUUCGAAUCGUUGAAGAAGUGUGAAUACUUGAAGGCCGUCGUCAACGAGUGUUUGCGUUUGUACCCGUCGGUGCCCAUCAACUUCAGAGUGGCCACCAGAAACACCACUUUGCCUCGCGGUGGUGGCAAGGACCAAAACGGCAAGCUCUUGGUCAAGAAGGGCCAAAUCGUGUUCUACUCGGUGUACGCCACCCACAGAGACGAAAAGCACUACGGCAAGGACGCCUUGGAAUUCAAGCCCGAACGGUGGUUCGACGAGUCGACCAAGAAGCUCGGGUGGGCCUUCUUGCCGUUCAACGGGGGCCCCCGUAUCUGCUUGGGCCAACAGUUUGCCCUUACCGAAGCCCUGUACGUGACGGCGCGGUUGGUGCAAAUGUUCGACUCGAUCGAAGGGUUCAACAAGGUGCCCGCCCCCAAGAUGUCCCACUUGACGAUGUCGCUCUACGACGGGUGCAACGUUGCUUUGUACAACAAGCAGGAAGUUUAG